AUGAAAAUUCUGUUAAAUAUAAGAAUAAUGAAAAAAAUAAGUAAUUUGGUGUUUGGAAUUACUGAUGUUUUGACUCUGAAGCAGUCAACUUUAAGUGGAGCUCUUGAUGUUAUUGUUAUUGAGCAUGAAGAUAAAUCAUUGCAUUGCAGUCCUUUUCAAGUUAGAUUUGGGAGAUUAAAAGUAUUUUUUUCUGAAGAAAAAUCUGUAAGAUUGAUUAUUAAUGAUAAGCCAUCAGAAAUUUAUAUGAAAUUAGGAAAAGAAGGCCAAGCUUUUUUUAUUGAUCCUAAAUCAGAAGAACUUAAUAGCGAUUUAAAUGAAAUUGAAAACAUUAAUGCUUAAGUUUAUGAUAACUCUUCAAGUCUCGUACUGGUCUCAGCUUGGAAUACCGCUUUGAAUAACGAUAGGCAGGCUGGCCUAACCGUCAAACUGAGUCCGCAUCCAAGUCCCUAAGACCUUUCUGAUCUAGACCAGGCACAGAGUAGACCCAUUCUCUUGAGCCGAGACUUUCAAAAAGUCGUCCCCCAAACUGAGAUUUUUAAUUGUGAAAACAUUAAUAGUAAUACUGAUACUUAUCAGAGAAGUCCUGAUAUUAUUAUGAAAGAGUUGGAAAAAAGGCCUGAUAUUUUUAAGUGGCCUUGGGGAUCAGCUCAGAAUAAAACAAAAGCGACAGGAUAUAUUAGCUCUCUUCUUGGGUAUUUCAGGUCGCAAGAAAAAUGCCAGCCAGGUUUUGAAAUGUCUUUAUGCUUACGUUCCCUAUUUAUAUACUGUGUCGCAAUAAAUAUAGUCUGAUACAAAAAUUGUGUAUCACAUAAUAGCCUAAUAAGGAGCAUUUUUUUGCUAGCCAGACAUUAGUUGGUGAGCCAGAUUUUUUGAAUAACCAAUAUUAUAUUUUCUAACCAAAAAAAUGCUCCUGAGUAGAUUAUUUCUUUGUAAGUAUACAAAUAUAAUUCCAGUUUGCAAGUCUUGAAAAGAAAAAUUCAAUUAAUUUUAUAAAAUUUAUGUUAAAAAUUAAGUAUCUGAAAUUUAACAGAAUUAUGUAAAGACAUCGUUAUAGCAAGGAUUAAUUAUAAAAAAAAAUUCCUUGCAAAUUUUUCCAAUAAUUAUGCUCACUCUUAAAGCUGGGAAUUUAGACCAACUCAAAAAUAAUGAAAAUGAUCCUAAGAUCUUUGAAGAGAACAAAGUUUCUUGUGAAAACUUUAAUGCCGAUCCAUUUGCUAUUUUAAAUGAUCCAAAACUUGCUUUAAAAAUAAAUGGAAAGAUAUAUGAUCUUGAUACAGCUAUGCCUGAAAUUUUAUCUAUAAUAUCUAGCAAUGAAAACAUAGAUCCAAAUGCAAAAGAAAUCAAAAAAAUUAAAAACAUUAUUGAGGAAGAAAUUGUUAUUAAUAAAACUUUGAAAUUAAAUUCAGAACAAUUGAAAAAACUAAAUUUAAAAAAAGGCGGAAAUAGGGUUUGCUAUAGAAUUGAAAACGGUUUGCAAUCUGUCAUCGGGAAAAUUUAUCUUUGGAAUUGAAAAUCUAGAAUGAUCGCAUCAGAUAUUGAUGGAACUAUCACAAAAUCUGAUGUUUUAGGCCAAGUUUUACCAAUGGUCGGUAAAGACUGAAGCCACUCAGGAAUUGUUUCAUUCUAUAAUAAUAUCAAAAAAAAUGGCUAUAAAAUAGUUUAUAUCUCUUCAAGAGCAAUAGGCCAAUCAGAACAUACCAGGGGCUAUUUAAACAGUCUUUAUCAAGAUAAUCAGCUUCUCCCUGAUGGACCUAUAAUUAUGAGCCCGGAUGGCAUUUUUACAUCAUUUGUGAGAGAAGUCAUAAGAAGAUCUCCACAAAAAUUUAAAGCAGAAGUGCUAACUCCCCCCUCUGUGAGUGAACAAAACCAUUGGAAAAAUCGCUAUUUUUUGCCCAAAAACCCCCUCCGUGAGUGAACAAAAAUUUUUUAUUAAAAAAAUUGAUAGAUAAGUGAUAAUUAGUUUAUUGAAAUCUCGAGCUAAUUCUGUUUAAUUUUAAACAAAUUGCGUUUUAAAAAUAAAUUUUAUAAAUUAAUAUAAUAUUUGCUUCCAAUUUUUGCAAAUUAAUUUUUUAAAAAACAAAUUUCUAUAUAAUUUAUAUAUAAUUUUUUUUUAAAAAAAAAUCAACCCCUCUCCGUGAGUGAACAAAAAUUUUUUUGUUCACUCAGGGAGGUAGGGGGGAGUAAGAGAUAUAGCGGCGUUAUUUCCUACAGAAAGAAAUCCUUGAUACGCUGGGUUUGGUAAUAGAGACACUGAUUCAAUAGCAUAUAGCUUACGCACCUUAAUAGAUUUCUGUAUAGGUGAUUUGAGGUAGGCGAUUGAAGUGCUUUAGCAUUUAUUGUUAAUAAGUGAUCUAGAUAGCCCUGAUCAGUGAGAAUUAAAGUAAAAUAAUUUAAUUUUAACGAAAACUAAGUUAAAAAGUGAUGGAACUCUUAAAGAAAUAAAAUUUAAUUAGAAGUGUAUAAGAGUAUAAAAAUCUGACGAAUUCUUCCCUCAUUACCAUGGGAUUUUGUUGUGUUCGCUCCAUUUUUACAUCUGGCUUUGCCGAGUCAGCUUAUUUUUCCAAACCAAAUACAAAGUCAAAAUGGCAAUAUCUAAUUUUGUAGCACACGAAAUCUAAUUAUGAAUCAGACUGCUAUGCUGAAAGAUAAUAUUAUAGAAAAAUAGUGAACUCAGUAAUUGACUUUGCAAUUCUGAAUCUACCAUCAGAAAUCAUUUUUGACUAAAUUAAUUUGAUAGAUUAUAUUAAAUUAUAUAAAUUUAUGAUUUUUUAAAUGCACAUAUGACGUUGAGAUAAUGAGGCUUUAAAAAUCAUGAGUCGGAAGUACUAUUUUAGGCAUCAAGAAACACUUAUAAAAAUUAUGCUUAUGAUUCAAAUUUCACCGACAAACUUCUAUAAAAAAUUACUUUUUUGGCCUUUAGAAAGAUUUCAUAAAGACGGAGACAUGAAAUAGGAGAUAGUUAAAAUUUAAAAAUCAAGAGCAGGGAAUACUAUUUUUGCUAGCAAGAAUUACUUGUAAAAUUAUGCUUAUAGUUCAAAUUUUAUCGAAAAAAUUCUAUAAAACUGCUUUUUUAUCAUUUAAAAAUUAAAUAGAGAUAGGCAUUGAGAUAAUUGUCUUACGUCAAAUAAGGAAUUUGCAUUAACAGUGAUUUAAUUUUCAUGGAUCUUGUUUAAAAAAAUACUCUAUAGGACUUUAGUCUAUGGUUCCGUUUUGACUUUUUAAGUUGACUCGCAAAGCCAGAUGUAAAAAUGGAACGAGCACAACAAAAUCCCAUGAUAAUGAGGUAAGAAUUGUCAGAUUUUAUUACCUCAAGCUUCCAGAAACCAUGAUAAAGGCACUAUUAUGCACUUCUAAUUAAAUUUCAUUUCUAAAGAAGUCCAUCUCUUUUAAACUUAGCUUUAGUUUAAAAUUUAAACUAUUUUACUAUAAUUCUCACUGAUCAGAGCUAUCUAGAUCACUUAUUAACAAUAAAUGGCAAAGCACUUUAACCGUCUUCCUCAAAUCGCCUAUAUAGAAAUCUAUUUAGGUGCGUGAUCUAUAUCGGGCAGCUGGGAUGCCCCUCCAUAAAAUUUUUCUAAUUAAUUCGACAGGGAAUGUUUCGACGUUUAACAAUACUUUUGUUAAAACUUAUUAUGAACUAAGUGAGAUUUCUGAUAAUUUUUUCCCACCUAUUGAAGAAAACACCAUUUGUGCAGAUCAAGAGUUUAAUGACCUUAAUUAUUGAAGAAUUGAAACUCCAGUAAUAAUAUCUGAUAAUUUAGAUUAA